AAAUUAUUUUAUUCUACAACGUCGGUUGAGCAGCAAACAUCGUUCGGAAUUCAAAAUUUGUAUAUAAAACAUUAAAUUUACAAAUUUGGCACUUGAAAAUUUUUAAUAAUGGACAUUUCCAAGGCCGAGAGUCAAACGCCCGUCGGCGAGCGUCGAUCUGCGAAUCCUGAUUAUCUGAGAACCCUGCUGCAGGACAUCCUGUGUUUCUUGGUCCUGCUCUCGGUGGCUUUACUGAUUGUGGCUGGCAUUUUGUUUGUGGUGGAGGACGUGAGCCGUCUCCAGCAACAGCACCAACACCAGCAGUACCACCACCACCAUCAUCGCCACAUACGUCCGGAUCAGAUAGGCAAUGACUUAAAAGGAUCGCCCAUCGAGGAGGCACCGAGAGAGCUGGGUCAAAUUUUCCGACCGCACACAUGGAUUCGAUUCUUCAACUGCAGGAAUAAGAUGCCUCAACAGCAACAGGAAGAUGUUGAAAGGGAAGCAGUACAGUUUGGCCCAAAGCAGGACGCGCAGCAGAUCCCGGUAGAUGAUGUUCCAACCUAUCACCCUGUCAUAGAACGUAUGCCGCUGAGCGCUGGCGGAGACUACAACAAAAAACUGGAUCCGGAACCCCACCAUUUUCUGGCCAAUAAUAUUAGGACCUAAAGAAAUGUCUGAAAUGCUGUUUGCAUGUUCAAAUUGAGCCCUUUGCAGCUGCAGACUAUCAGAUGUCUCCUGGUAGAUUUGUCAUUUGAUGUUUGCCCCUUUUGGUCAAGGCCAUCAAGAGCGAAGACAGUUACAAUCCGAAUGUUUCUGGGAAUAGCUAAAUUGUGCAAUAAAUAAAAGAACAGCUAUGUAAA